AUGGAUUUUAUUGUUGACCCAUACAUACGUCUCCACAUCUGGUUUCAUCCCUGGCCACCAGAACUGGCGUUUGAAUCCCUUGACAAACUGGCUUAUGAAGUAGCCUUUGUGGAAGAUAUAGCCAGACAGGAGCAGGCUCCUAGAUUUGAAAUUGGAGAAUGGCUACAUGAAAGCAGUGAUAAAAAAUACCAUAUAAUAGAAAAUACUCGGGGCUCGGGUUUUAGAUUUCGGCAAGUGAUAUUCUGUGAUGCUAAGCAAGUCAUCCAGACCACAGACGUAUUGGACUGGGAGGAUAAAGAUGCUGUGGACACUUUGGUUGCUAAUGGAGUCCAUUCUCGGAUCAUCAAUCCUUUACGCCUUUUUGUGAAGCCCUCUCCAACAAUGAAACAUGGGCGGAUGUCAUAUUCAGACAACAUGGACAACUUUUGGGAUUGGUUAUCCAAUAUCACUGAAGUUCAGGAAUCUCUUGCACGAACUAAACGCAGACCAAUUGUGAAAACUGGAAAGUUUAAAAAAAUGUUUGGAUGGGGUGACUUCCAUUCUAACAUCAAAACUGUGAAAUUGAAUCUUCUGAUAACGGGGAAGAUUGUUGAUCAUGGCAAUGGAACCUUUAGUGUUUAUUUCCGGCACAAUUCAACAGGCCUUGGAAAUGUUUCUGUAAGCCUGGUGCCGCCUUCCAAGGUGGUGGAAUUUGAAUCUUCCCCUCAAUCAACUCUAGAGACUAAGGAAUCAAAGUCUUUCAACUGCCGAAUUGAGUAUGAGAAAACUGAUAGGGCUAAGAAAACUGCAUUGUGUAACUUUGACCCUUCAAAAAUCUGCUACCAAGAGCAGACCCAAAGCCAUGUAUCCUGGUUAUGUUCUAAACCAUUUAAGGUCAUCUGUAUUUACAUUGCUUUCUACAGUGUUGAUUACAAACUAGUGCAGAAGGUCUGCCCUGAUUACAACUACCACAGUGAGACACCAUAUUUAUCCUCUGGAUGAUGUACUCUCUCUUCUUCAAUGACUGUUAUAUUCAGAAAAAAAAAUCUGUCUGAAAUUCUAGUUUUAAAUUUCUUAAGGCAUUGUUCCUAAUCAGGUUAACUAAGCAGCUUUCUUCUCCCUAAAGGAAAAUUAUCACUUGUGGGCUGGUUCAUCCAUGCAUGUUCUUCACUUGGUGACUAGAACAUCAUAUAGCAACUUGCAUAUGUCAUUGAGCCAUCAUGAUCAAGCACCAUGUAACAUUGUCAUAAGACUUCAGAUCAGAGUCUCUAUUUGGCCAUGCAGUUGUAAUUUCAUGAUGAAUUACCAAAUGAGUGGACCAGCCUGAAGGUUUUGCUGUUAUCAUAAAUAUUUCAAUAUCCGAAAAUCAAAAUAUCACUUUUUCACAGUACAGUAUUUGUA